AUGUCUUCUCCGGUCAUAAAAAGAAUUAAAAACUUUAUAUCUGUGGGUAAAACUCCUACAAAAACAAAUUCCAUAUCCCCUAAGACAAGUAUUACACAAGUAAUUAAUCUUGAAAACAAAAUUAAGAAACUUGAACAAGAAUUGGAAGAAGCUAACAGACAAAUAGAAAAAUUAAACCAAAAUAUAAAAAAAUUACAGGUGUGCUACGGCGCGCCAUUUAGCCUGAUACCUGGGGACAACAGUCACUAUGUGGAGGGUCAAAGCAGAUUCAUAUGGAUGCCAGAUGGCGAAGAAGUACCACAUCUAGUUGACUUAGAUGAACCCGUCAAUGAGGAAAUUAUGAGAACCAGAAAUGGAGCUAACAAUCAAUACUGGCUAUUCACAAGACGUAAUCCUAACGACGCACAAAUACUUGUUAAUGGUAACGCUGACUCGGUACGUAACUCCAACUACAACCCGAAUCGACCACUGAAAGUGAUCGUUCACGGCUGGAACAGUAAUGGAAACUCAAACGUAAACAAACGUAUAACUUCCGCUUUCUUAGAUACACAGGACGUCAAUGUAAUUGUCCUUGACUGGCGCGGAUUGGCAAGUUCAAAUUAUAUUACGUCUUCAAACGGUGUACCUACCGUGGGACAGUAUCUUGGCAACUUUUUGGUUUGGCUUUUUAACACUGCUGGUGGUGACUGGAACAACGUCCAUUUUGUUGGCCACAGUUUGGGUGCUCAUAUUGUGGGUAACGCUGGACGUACCGUCGGCGGAAGACCUAGACGUGUUACCGGUCUUGAUCCGGCUGGUCCUAGAUUUGGUGGAAACUCAAAUGCCUUGGACGUUAACUCCGGUCAGUACGUUGAAACCAUACAUACCGAUGGUGGGCUCCUUGGAAUCUUCGAUCCUAUUGGACAUGCAAACUUUUACCCAAACGGCGGUAGAAAUCCUCAGCCGGGUUGCUGGAUCAGUACCUGCUCUCACAGUCGGGCAUACGACCUAUUUGACUCCAGUGUACGAACAGACCACUUCGUUGGAAGAAGAUGCAACGACCUAAAUGAAGCUAGAAAUAACCAAUGCUCUGGUGCUAGUCUGAAUAUGGGAAAUAGCGAUAUAUCAAAAUCUGGGUAUGAAAAUUGA